UUACAUUCAGUAGGUAUGAAACGUGAACACGAUGACACAGAUCCUCAGUCACAGCUGAACAAGCGAUCUAAAACAGACGCCAAGGCUGAGCGUGUCGGACUCAAUGAGUUCAUCAACCAUGGGUUUUCUCCGAUCACUGGAGAGUUCAAAUCUCGAAUGGAAGACUUCAUGGUAACAGAGAUUUGCAAAAACGGUGCUGAGUGUCUGCUAAAAUCGUUUGAUAUCCCAGAUUUACCUAUAGAUGAACGUAACAAGGAUGUUCAGGUGGUGGAUUUAUCUGAGGAGACCGUUGCCGGGCUGAACAAAGUUCUGUCCAAAGAAAUUCCAUUUUUUACUAUCCCAGCUCCUGUUGAUAAAGCGGAAAGAACUUCUUUGCAUAAGUCUAUCGGUAACUUCAACGAUUCUUUGUCAACAGAAACAACUAAAGAUGCCACUAACUUCAAUGACUCUGUCGUUAAAGUAACAAUAAAAAGCAACAAUUUCUUUGGCACCAGAGACAAGAGGCCUGGUAAAAAUAAUCAGUAUCUUCACUUUACACUUUUAAAAUGGAACAUCACGACGAGUGAUGCGGUUCUCAGGCUCUGUAAAACAAUGAACAUGAAGCAUAGGAAUUUAAGCUAUGCUGGAAUGAAAGAUAAGAGGGGCAUCACCGCUCAAAGAAUGUGCUGCAGGUUUCUAGAUCCCAAAAGACUGCUCGGUAUUAACAAAUCGUUUUUUGCGGCUAAUGAAGAAUCCGCUGACUCGGUGGUUUACAAGAGUAGCUAUAUCAUGGGAGAUUUUGAGUUCAGUAAAGAUACCCUGAAGUUAGGGGAUCUGUCUGGAAACAAGUUUUCGAUUGUUUUAAGAGAAUGCGAAGAAACAACCCAGGAAAAUCUAGAUAAAGUGAAACAUUUACUUUUAGAAAAUGGUUUUAUAAACUAUUUUGGGUUGCAGAGAUUUGGAAACAACGGAGAUACACACGAAGUCGGUAAACAUAUCCUGAAAAAAGACUACCAAAGUGCAAUUGAACGGAUUCUUACACCAAACGAUAACACCAAAAUGGACGUAAGAGACGCCCUCAACCACUACAUAAAAUCUGAAAAUGCUGAGACUGCCUUCAACAUGCUCGGUUACAAAAACUCCACAGAAGGACUUAUCCUAUCAUCGCUGGCAAAAGAACCUAACGACUACAAAAAAGCCCUGAAGUCUCUACACUACAAACAGCAAACUCUGUACACCCACGCUUACCAGAGUUAUGUUUGGAACAUGAUGGUAUCCCGCCGGAUCAGCACUCAUGGUACUGCAGUGCUGGAGGGAGACCUUGUCUAUAAUGAUGACUCCCACGGAGGGGUUAGAAGACUUACCCCCGAGCAGGUGCCGUCAAGUCAUCUAUCUGAUAUCGUGCUCCCCAUGCCUGGUUACGAUAUCCAGGUUCCUGAUAACUGUUGUAAGGAUUAUCUCUCUGAGAUUCUGGAACAGGAUGGCAUGUCUAUAGAUGAUUUUAAAGGCCCGUUGGGAAAGGAGUUUAAUGUUAGUGGUUGCUAUAGAAAUGUUUUAUUCAAACCUUCCGAGUUUGAUGCUGACAUCAUAAAGUACAGUGAUGAAAACGAGAAGUUAGUUUCCACUAACCUAGAUUCGGUUUUGGGUAAGAGUUUUGAAGCCAAGAACGAGGGAAGUAAAACUGCAUUACUGUUGCGGUUUACGCUACCAAAAUCUUGUUAUGCUACUAUGCUUUUACGGGAAAUUAUGCGUUCAGAUGCAAUUUGAAAUAUUUCCAACUUUUUAUUUAAAUUAUUGGGCUACUGGUUAUGUUUUACUCUUUUUAAGCAUUUAAAUUAAUAAGAUUCAUAUUCACUGUCAUGACUGUCACUUUUGCUUUUGGCAUUUUAUCUUGAAAUAAUCUUUCAUCUAAAAUUGUUGAAAAUUUUCCAAUGAUGUAAUUCAUCCCUA